AUGAACACGAGAACUAUAGUUGAGGGGUCUCCAUGCAUUUUUACCACUCCCUCCCCUCUCCCAUUUCUCUUCGUGAGAUCUCUCUCUUUCUCUCUCUCUCUCUCCUCUUCAUUUCUCCUCACUCUCUCUCUCUCUCUCUCUCUCUCUCUCUCUCUCUCUCUCUCCUCGGAGGCGAUGACCGAGGAUGCCUCGGAACCCUCGCCGCCACCCUCCGCCGCCGUGGGCGGCGGCGGCGGAGGAGGAGGAGGCGGUGGCGCCCUCUUCCGGCCCCGCCGCGAGCCCUUCGAGCACGGUCUCCUCCCAAUCCCGAAGCUCGUACUCUCCGACGGAACCCUAAUCCUAACCCUCGCCCCGCUCAAGGAUCGCCUCCUCCAGCGGCCGAUCCCCGACCCCCACCGCGUCGACGCCCCCGCGCUCGCCGACGCGCUCCAGAUCCCGCUCGACCACGCCCGCCUCGCCCUCGACACCCUCGCCGCCGUCCUCCCCGCCGCGGACCCCGCCAUCGCCGACGGCGCCGGCGCCGCCGACGUCCGCGACCUCCUCCUCUUCCUCUACAUCCAGUCCUACAAGCGCCUCGUCCCCCGGGGGCACAAGGACUCCGUCGCCGUCGCCGAUGUGUGGCCCCAUGCCUCCGCUUUCGACGGCUACCUCUCCGCCCUCUCCCCGAUCCAGCUUGUCCGGAGCAACAGCCGUCGUUUUAUGCCUUCACAAGCAGACGAAGAAGCUCAUCAAUUAUCAUAUCUGCAAAAGCAUAUGGCUAACAUACUUACUCUUUUGUCCGAUUCUGUUGAAGGCGAGGGUGAAGAUUCUCUGGUAUUGACGGCGGAAAGUUUUGAACAUCUCAGUUUCCUUAUUCAGUUCUCUGAAGGUAUUCCUUUGAGUCAGGCAGCCGCUUUUUUUGCGAAUUCUGAUCCUGACAUGCCUGCUGCUCCUGUCCCUGCUGCCCAAGUUCAUGAAUGGGUUUUGCAAAAUAUUGCUGCUUCAUUGGAGAAUAUAACUGAAAAGGUCUCAACUAAAGAGAAUGGCUCGCAAAGUGCUUCAGAUUUGGAUGUGACUAUGGCUGAUGCGACCGCAAGUAAUACAAGAAUCCAGAGCAGUAGCUCUCCAGCAGCUAUGUCUAUGCCUAAUAAUCCUGCAUAUUUACGGAAUCAAACCUUUGUGGAGGGUAUCGCUAAAGCUUCUUUGGUCAAGCAGGCAGGCGAUCUUAAGGGACAUUCUGUAAAGGUUUUAAACUGCCAUGACUCCGUGAUCUACAUACUAGCACCUUUGAAGUAUGCUACUGUCUAUGGGUGUUCUGAUGCAACUAUUAUCCUUUGUGCCAUUGGUAAGGCUGUUAAAAUUGAGCAUUGUGAAAGGGUGCAGAUUAUCACAGCUGCAAAACGCAUCUGUAUUGCCAACUGCCGCGAGUGUUGUUUUUUCUUGGGCAUAAAUCACCAACCUCUUAUUGUGGGGGAUAAUCAUAAACUGCAAGUGGCACCGUUCAAUACUUACUAUGCACAAUUGGGGGAGCACAUGGCUCAAGUUGGUGUGGAUCCGACCAUCAACAAAUGGGACCAGCCAUUUGUAUUGGGAGCGGUCGAUCCUCAUGAUUCGCUAUCUCACCCUGCAGGGGUUUCCGAUGCUCAAGCCGAGUCCGCCACCAGUCUUGAUCCUGAUCUAUUUACCAACUUCGUGAUCCCUAGCUGGUUCGGAGCUGAAUCAUCAUCAGAGCCGACAAAAUACAACCCAUUUCCAUUGCCUGAAAUAUACUGGGCAUCCCAAAAGAAAAAGCAUGCGAUUUUGGAUGAUAUCCAACAAACAAUACGGGAGCUGCAACUUGAUGAGAACCGGAAAAGGGAUUUAGCAUGCGCCCUUCAUGUGCAUUUCAGAGACUGGUUAUACGCCUCUGGCAAUAUACGCCAGCUUUAUUGUCUUCAAGGUGAUUGAACUAACGACACAUUAAUCCGGUAACUGUAACUCCACACCUUCAGUGUUGUGUAAACUAUUAUAAGAGUCUGAUCUCUCUGCCAUUCCGCCGCUUCCCGCGUCCGAAAUUCACAUUCAAUUACAUUUCCGAGGGUACUUCUUUGUAUCUUACCAAUUGGAUGCUGUGCUCUUUUCUUAUCUGUAGCGGUUUUUCAAGGAAGAAAAUGUGAAUAUUCACACACUAUUUUUUGUAGUUUUUAUUCCCUUUUUUUUCUCUUUUCGUGCCGAUUCGAAUUAUGAGGUGGUGGGGGAGGUUGCGCUUGAUUUUGUUCGCUACUAAAAAAAUAAAUUUAUUACAAUUGCUGAUUGCCUCUUUCAUCCGAUCUUUCA